AUGCAGGUUGCUUACAGUGAUCUAAACUUGGAGCUCUCUGCACCUCCGCCCCCCUGCCCGCCACUCAUCCCCGCGUAUCCGCUGACAUGCAAUCCAUCAACAAACAUCAACGUUUCCGUCGCCCGAUCACUCACGAUUGACGACGAUAGUGACGCUGCCCCUAUACGAAGAAACAUGGAGCUCUCUGCACCUCCGCCCCCCUGCCCGCCACUCAUCCCCGCGUAUCCGCUGACAUGCAAUCCAUCAACAAACAUCAACGUUUCCGUCGCCCGGUCACUCAUGAUUGACGACGAUAGUGACGCUGCCCCUAUACGAAGAAACUUGGAGCUCUCUGCACCUCCGCCCCCCUGCCCGCCACUCCUCCCCGCGUAUCCGCUGACAUGCAAUCCAUCAACAAACAUCAACGUUUCCGUCGCCCGAUCACUCACGAUUGACGACGAUAGUGACGCUGCCCCUAUACGAAGAAACAUGGAGCUCUCUGCACCUCCGCCCCCCCUGCCCGCCACUCAUCCCCGCGUAUCCGCUGACAUGCAAUCCAUCAACAAACAUCAACGUUUCCGUCGCCCGGUCACUCACGAUUGA